UCGACGUCUCCUUAGUGACCAUUUGAUGCGGCAACAUGGAUUCUUAUUUUAACAUUUGCUGAAGUUGACGCUAAAAAAUUACAAAAUGACUGAUAUACUUUGUAAAUGGCUCAACGAUGAGCUGAGUAUAACACAGCAAGUCGACCAAGUAACUUUUGCCAGAGAAUUUGCAUCGGGAUAUCUCAUUGGAGAAGUCCUAAACAAGUAUCAGCUUCAGAAUGAUUUUGAUCAAUUCUCUCAAAGCAAAACUGCAGACUCAAAGCUCAACAACUUUACAAGAAUUGAGCCAGUUCUGCAUCUUCUUGGAAUUCCAUUUGAUACAAAUGUUGCUCGUGAUGUGAUGACCGAGAAACAUGGUGUGGCCACACGUCUUAUGUAUCAGCUCUAUGUGGCGCUAAACAACAAGAAAAAGGCCAAUCUUACUGGAGUGGCCAUGGAAACAAUGCGACCAGCUGCCCCAGCUAAACUGAAUGCUGUGGAAAGUGGAAUCUACAAAGAAAGACUAAAGCAUGCCACUCCAAGGCAGACUGAUCUGAAUCUGGAGGCCUUGGUGCAAACUUUUCAUGAGAAACAGAUAGAAAUGGAACAAGUGGCCUUUGCUGACAGGUUCCGGGAGCAGGAGAGGAUAAAGCAGCAACAACAGGACCAGAGAAGAGCUCUGUUAGCUAGGUCUCAGAGACUGAGGGAAAAACAAAGUGAAAUUGUGGCCAAGAUACAAGCUGCCACUGUCAACAUACCCAAACCCCCACCAGAGCAGACAGCUAAAGCCAUCCAAAGGAGGAGAGAACUGAGGAGACGAAGGGAGGCAACUGAAACAGUAGAAGCUAUUUCUCAGUUUGAAGACAAGAUGAAGAUGAUUUUACCGCCAUCUAAAGAUGAUGAGGGGGAGGUGAUAGAUGUGCAGUACAUUUUGACGAGAGAUGAGGAUCGUCUGCUGGAUGCCAUCGAGCUGAUUAAGCCGGCCUCUAAUGACGACUACAUCGGGAAGAUCAGAAAGAGGCUGCAGGAAGAUGAAUCCGCACGAGCGGAGCGUGAGAAGAGGAGGAGGAAAGUUCUGGUGGAUCAGAUGAAGGCUCACGAAGCUCAGGAGGAGGCAAGACGAGAGGAGAUGUUGGUAAAUCGUUUGAUGAGACAAUCCCAGCAGGAGAGAAGGAUAGCAGUCCAGCUGCUGCAGGCACGGCACGAGAAGGAGGUGAUCAGGAAGAACAGGAUCAUCAGGGAGAAACAGUACGAAGACCGACGACUCAAGGACUUCGUGGAUGCUCUCAACAGAGAAGCUGAAAUGGCCCGCUUGGCCAAACUUGAGUACGAGGAACAGACCAAGAAGGACCAGGAACUCCAUGAUAAGAUAGCAGCGGAGCGCGCGGAGGCCCGAUACACCAAACAUUAUGAGAGCUGUAACGAGGUUGUCAAUCAGCUGGUCGAUUUCGCUUGUAAAGUGGCCGAAUAUAGAGAACUGACUGAAAAAUUAGUUCCAGCUAAGUUAAUGAGAGAUUGGAAGUCAUUGUUUGUCUCUGGCAAGCCUUUGUAUGAACAAGCCCCACCCCCCGAGUCGACUGAACCCUCCCCAGAGCAGAUACUGGAGGAGGAGAGACAGGCCCUGCUGGAUGAAGGUGACUUCACUGAGUAUAAGACUAUGACAGGAGAGUGGCAGCCACCAGAAGCAGGGGAGGUAAUCCAGCCUCCAAAGGACAACCCAAUCACAGGGCACGUCAUACAGCGACUCUUCAAUAUGGUGUCUCCCCCAACUCCACCCCCACCACCUCCCGAGUUUCCUCCCUUCCCCAUUCGAGCCUGUGUUCUGGGGAAAGUAUUCAGUGGAAAAUCUUCUAUUGUGCAACAACUGGCUAAGGAACACAGACUUCAGGUCCUCGAUGUAGAUACAUUAGUCAGUGAGGCUGUACAAGCUCAUGAGAAUGGAGAAACAAUGGCAGUACAGGACAAGAAAAAAUCUAACAAAGUAAAAAAGGAACCAGAAGUAGAGGAGAAAGCACCAGAGACUUCGGACCAAACCCCACAGCCCCAAGGAAUUACAAUAAAUAUACGAGCCCCCACGGGGGAGGGUUCAGUCACUCUACCAGAGACCCAACCUGAGGUGGCCCCCACACCGUCUGAUAACCCGACAGAGGAGGCACCAAAGACGGAAUCUGAUCAGACGGCACCCCCAGCCACAGAGGCCCCACCCCCUGAGCCCACCCCUCCCAGUCCCGUCAAACGUACAAAGUCUAAAGGACCCAAAGACAAGAAACAAGUGCCCGGUGAACCAGAGCCAACCCCUAAAGCCAAGCUUGGAGCCAAGGCCCUGAAAUACUUAAAGAAAGGACAGCCUGUGGAUGACCAAGUGAUUGUAGACAUCCUCAUAGAAACCAUCAGAUGGAUCCCUGAGGAGACUGGAUGGAUCAUAGAUGGAUUUCCUACAAACUUGUACCAGGCUAAGGUUCUAGAGAAAGCACUGACUGGAUUUGCAGCUGGUGAUAAAAAGGACGAUAAAACUGGAAAAAUGAAGAGGUCUAACCUGGUCAAGGACCCCCGCCCACCCCCUCCCCCCGCGGAGCCUGCCAGUGGUCUGGAUGUGGUGGUCAGCUUUGAUGUCCCUGAUGAGUUGUGUCUGAAGAGAGCAGCAGGUCGAUUGUAUGGCGUACAAGCCAAUGAACAAUACCACCAGGAAUUCAAUCCGCCACCAGAGGGCAGCAUGACAGGUGUAGGCAAACAGGAGCUAGUGGUUCCUGUUCAGGAUAAGUCACAUGACCAGGAUCAAAUCCAGCAGAGGAUAACCAAAUACUUGGACUCGUGGCCCAAGGUUGAGAAGUGGUACAAUAAGUUUGGGGUGCUGGCUCAUGUGGAUGCCUCUGCAGAAAUGCGUACUGUGUAUCUAGAAGUGGAGAAGGUUCUAGAGGAUACACUAGCCAAGCUACAAGGAAUCGGUCAGGAACCAGAGCCUGCCCCUUUAGAGCCCGUGGAGGAAAAGAAAGAAGAGCCACCAGCACCACCUCCAGAACCACCAAAAGAGGAGCCACCAGUGGAGGAGAAAACUUCUAGGUCUUCAUCCAGAAAAGGCUCAGGGAAGAAAUCUCGACCAUCCUCUUCUAGGAGUAAAUCCCCUAAGUCACCCAAAGACAAGGAUAAGAAGGGGAGGGACAAGAGCUCCUCCCCAAAACGUUCUGCCAGCAGUAAAAAGUCUGAGGCAGGCAGCAAGAAAGGCAGCAGGGGUUCAUCACCAAAGUCCAAGAAAGGCUCUGGUAAGAAGGGUAAGACUCCUGAACCUGAACCAGAGCCAGAACCUCAGGAACCCACAGGACCUCCUCCACCAGAACCAGGAUCUGAGGAGUGGGAGUUUGUGGACUUACCUCUUGAAAAGGAAUUGGCUGAAGUUUUGGCAAAAUAUUGGGAGAACGUGGAGAAAACAUACGUUGGGAAUAGUAAAUAUGUGUUCCGUAAGCUGAGAGAGGAAAGAGAAAACAUUUACAGAUAUUUCUAUCAGAUCAAGAAGGACUACCUGUCGUAUUUACGGAGACCAGACAACAAACAGGUGUAUGUCAACCAAUGGCAGAAGGAAUAUAAUGAUGUCCCUGAUGACAUGCGUGAAGACGAAGAAACGAAAGCAGAACUCCACCAGCGGGUAGAUGACCUCAGGGUCAAACUGUGGGACAUCUGUGACGAAAGGAAGGCCCAGGCAGAGAAGGAAAGACAAGCCAUCAUAGACGAUGGCUGGCUGGACGAUCACCUAGGCCUGCUCAGUAACUUCUACCUGACACAGAUGCAGGCAGAGGUGGACCGAUACCAGGACACUGUCAGAAUGUUGAAGGACUACUAUAAAGGCAUGGAUGGACAUUAUCCAGAGGAACUCAAUGCCAACUUUGCUAGGCUUCCUCUCAUCGAGCUUCCUGUGGAGAGAGCUGAAUCCCCUGAUAAAUCAGAGAGUGAGACGGCCUCCAACCCACCCCCAGCAGAGGAGAGAAGGGACAGCGCCAAAUCUGACCGCCCCAAGUCUAGCCGCUCCAAAUCUGGCCGCUCUAAAUCCCCCAAGUCCCCCAAGGAGAGGAAGUCUAGAACCCCCUCAGCCAAGAAGAGAGACAAGAGCAAGGAAAAGAAAGAGUCGACAGAGCAGGUUCCCACAGACGAAACAGGCAAAAAGAAAAUCCCCUUGGUGCCUCGGAGACCUGUAUCCCCUGAUCCGGAUUCCAAGGCAGCAGGAGCUGGUAAGGACAAGAAGGAUAAGAAGCCAGGAAAGAAGGAUGAUGGGGGAACAGAGAGCCCCGCCCCUCCCAUGGAUCCGGACGAGAAACUUCUGUUUGACGGCUACCAAUCAGGAGUCAAUGCUCUGGCCACUAUUCUACAAAGUGAAUUUGCUGCUAAAGAAGCUGAGGAAGAAGCAGAGAGAAAGAGAGAAGAAGAAAUGGAAAGAGAGAAGGCAGCAGCUGCUCAGAAGGCAGCUGCAGGAAACAAAAAGGGGGGCAAGAAGGGCAAGAGUAGGAGCCCCUCCCCCAAAAAGAAGAAGGACGACUCUGCAUCUACCCCCACUCCACCUUCAUCUGAAGAGAUGAGUGAAGAAGAAAGAUUGAAGAAGAAACAGAAAGAAAGGAUGAGAGAGGAGUACUACUUUGCCAUUCAGGGUGAAGAGACUGCCGCUAAGAAAAGACUGGAAUUGAUUAAGGUUCAUGGUAUCGGAGUGUUACAAGAUCUGAAGGCCAAGGCUGACAACACAUAUAAAGAAAUGAAUGAUUGGCUGGGAGCUAGGUUCCUAAAGGAAAUGGAAAGCAUUGAUCACAUGUCAGAAACCAUCCGCUUUGCCAUUGAAAAGCGACAGAAACUGAAACAGGAACUUGUGCUACAACAAGAAGACUUCCUUGUCAAUACCGAGUUAAAAGUAUUGCGCUCUCCAAGCCCCGCCCCACCACCAGUUGUAGAGGAGGUGGUCACGCCUGAACAGUUUUCAGUUAGUCAGUUACUGAAUCUCUACCAACAGUUCACGGCCACAGCUCCUACAGGAGUCAUGUCCAAGCAAUCUUUUGUGGAGACUUUUGAGAACAUGGUGUCUGUGUCCUUUGGAAUGGAGCAACUUCCUGACAUAUGGAUGAACAUCUCUCCUCAACAGGUGCAGGAGAUAGCUAAUGGACUGUCAGCUAAUGUGGAGUAUGUGGACUGGCGGCGGUUCCUGAUCGCGGUGGCCCAGCCUCUACCGUCACCCACACAGACAGAACUACUGGAGACGCUGCAGAAAUUCAGAGAAAUGGACCAAAAAUCCACAGGCUUUGUCACCAGGGAACAAUAUGAUAGGAUGGACAUUUGGUUUGGAUGCAAGUCCUCUAAGGGUGGGGAGUUUGACCGUUCAGCCAAACUGAAGGCAGCUCUGUUCGACUUCUUCGCAGACCACAGUAAAACUCCUCCUGUAAUGAAUUAUGUCAGCAUGCUGAUGUACUUCAGUGCUUCAUCAAACUCCAGUGAAGGAUUCCUACGAGCCUUAAGUGUGGCCUCAGGAACUCACAUGCCACGAUUACCUCGGAAUGAAGUGAGGGCACCCAGUAGAUCUGACAGUAACCCUGAUAUUGUGGAGGACCACUCCCCCUCACCCCCCGUACCGACCGACAUUCCUGAGGAUGCCAUCAAUGCCAGGGUACCACUGGAUGCUCUCUAUCAAGUAUUACAUCACGGAGAGAAUGCCAGUGGUGACAGUCACCGCUUCAGUGUGUCAGCUGAUCCAGAGGACGCCACGUCUAAGGAAAAGCUGUCUAGUGUGUACCAGGAGCUGGGCAGUGAUAAUUUAGAACCUCUUCCCUAUAAAGUCCUCGUGGAACAUCCCCUCAUACAAGAUGUAAUGGCUGCCUGUCAGACAUUUAAAUCCCUGGAUAUUCGUGGAAUACUAAAUAAUCCAACCCAAGAUAUGGAUAUCCACAGCACAAAAACAAUGGAAUAGAAAAGCAAAUGCUUGAAGAAGUGAUCAUUUUUAAGACUAUUUUAACAUUUUCUUGCGUAUAUAUAUACUACUUGGACAGAAAAAAAAUGGAGACUUUAAAUUGUACAUAUGUAAAUGAUUUAUUUCUAUUAUUAAUAUAUAAUAGUAGCAUAAUUUUGAUGUGAACUGAUUAUACUCUUUGCAAUCUGUGAUGGGUGUCACACUUGAUACCCUCACAUACCAGAGGCACUGCAUUUGUCUGUGAUCAGCACCAGGUGAAGGGGAUGUGAAGUGAUGGGAGGGGCAAAUUCAUUACCAACACAAACCGCCAAGGCACAGAUACAUGUACAUUAAUACUGCAUUUUGUUUUGGAUUUGUCACUGGCAUUGUGGACUUCCUAUUAACUUGCGGCUGUCUACAGUAUCUUUAGUCCUUGAAGACUGUUUAUUAAAGAUAUAUUUAAGUGAAAUUUGUAUUUAUUUAAUUUGUGCUAUUUUGAUAUUUUACAAGACUAAGAGCAUUUAUUAUUUGUGAUCGAUACAUGUAAUCUGUGAUAAAACUUUGAAGAAUACAAUUUUGGUUGUUUUUAAUAAACUGAUGAUUACUGAAA